GUCAGCGGAGUGGAGGGAGAGGAGCGGACAGGAAUGACGGAGUCAAACUCUACAAACACCGACUGUUGACGGUAUUAACACAGGCAGAAGGGCUAAAGUGAUUUUAGAGAAGUAGUUUAGCAUGUUAGACAAACUUAAGUGGUAAGUUUUUGCGGCAGACGCAGAGGUUGACGGAGCGGUCCGCCGAACGUUAAACAUGGAUGUCCGGGGAGCAACGGUGCAACGGCGACUCUGAGAAGGAAUUAAGGCCGUUUCUGGGUUAUUUCUGGUCGGGAGUUUGGCUGACGGAGCUGAGGCGGAUUUUAAAGCAGCAGCCUAGUUACCAGUGUCUCUUUUCACAUUCCAGGUUUAAAAUUCAAGUCUGUGAACUGUUGUGGUGGCUGUUAAAUAAGAUGUUCAAGCUGUGGAGGCGAGAUGUACCGCUCUCAGAGAGGCUGGGGGAGGACUCUCCUCUGGCCGCAGCGGCCGUCCCCCCGCCGACCGCAGCCCCAACGGGCCCCAACAUUUCAUGGCUCCCCGAAGCCCCACUGCUGAGCCAGGACCAGCCGAUCUUCCUCAUGACUCCUGCAGCACAGGCUGUGUCUGGCUUCUUCGUCUGGACCGCACUCAUCCUCACCUGUCACCAGAUCUACAUGCAUCUGCGUUUCUACAGCUCACCGAGGGAGCAGCGCCACAUCGUGCGGAUCCUGUUCAUCGUUCCUAUCUACGCCUUUGACUCUUGGCUCAGCCUCCUCUUCUUCACCAACGACCAGUACUAUGUGUACUUCGACACCGUCAGGGACUGCUAUGAGGCGUUUGUGAUUUACAACUUCCUGAGUCUGUGCUACGAAUACCUGGGAGGAGAGAGCGCCAUCAUGGCUGAGAUCAGAGGGAAACCUAUCGAGUCGAGCUGUAUGUACGGUACCUGCUGUCUGAGGGGAAAGGCCUACUCCAUCGGCUUCCUUCGGUUCUGUAAGCAGGCCACUCUGCAGUUCUGCGUGGUCAAACCGCUCAUGGCCGUCAUCACGGUCAUCCUGCAGGCCUACGGCAAAUACAAGGACGGAGACUUUAACGUUGCCAGCGGUUACCUGUACGUGACCAUCAUCAACAACAUCUCCGUCAGCUUGUCCCUGUACGCCCUCUUCCUCUUCUACUUCUCCACCAGGGAGCUGCUCAGCCCGUACAGUCCCAUGCUCAAGUUCCUGAUGGUCAAAUCCGUCAUCUUCCUCUCCUUCUGGCAGGGCAUGUUGCUCGCCAUCCUGGAGAAGUGCGGGGCCAUCCCUCAGAUCAACUCAGUGGAGGUGUCCGUCGGCGAGGGGACAGUCGCUGCUGGUUAUCAGAACUUCAUCAUUUGCAUCGAGAUGUUUUUCGCGGCACUGGCUCUUCGCCACGCUUUCACAUACAGAGUCUACAUGGACAAGAGUCUCGAUUCACAAGGCCGUCGUGCCCCAAUGAAGAGCAUCUCCAGCAGCCUGAAGGAGACCAUGAACCCGGGCGACAUGGUCCAGGACGCCAUCCACAAUUUCUCUCCGGCCUACCAGCAGUACACCCAGCAGUCCACACUGGAGCAGGGGGCGCCGCCGCCCGUCACUCGCACCCACAGCGCCGUCAGCAGCCGUGGCGACACAGAGAAGACCCUCUUGCUCAGCUCCGACGACGAGUUCUAGAGCAGGACACGUUCACAGCUGAAUCUGUUUCAGACUGUUUUAAUGGCGGAUGGUUAUUGAUCCUCCUGUGCAGCCGUCCCUCUUCAGUGUGUGAAUGAUCACUGAGACGUUUCAUUUUCCUGUUUUUUGAUCACAAAGGAUUUGUGUGUCAAACUCUUGCACAUUGAAUCAUACUUCACUUUUGGAAGUUUUCUGGCUCGGACAGAGGCCUAAUUUCAGCUCAGUCAUGUGGCGGUGUAAUUUUCCUAAUGGAUGUGUUUUUUUUGUUUUUGUUUGCAUUUUGAACUCCCUGUUGUUUUCAGAUAGUCAUUUCUGCCAUUAAAAUCUUUUUUAAAAGCUGAA